AGCCUUUCUCCUCCCUCACUAAACCAUAGAAGUUUAGUCGAGGAAUAUUUAUUUUAAAAACUCAAUGAAACCAGGGACUUGCUGUUGCAGACUAAACCAAAAAUAUACAACGCAAACUCUACCGGCAGACUCUAGUUUCCUUGUAAUGUUCCCCAAUGUUUUUUUUUUCCUCUCUCACUAUAGGCCCAUCCCCAAGAACUUCCAGGAGUUCCUGACCUUGAUGUUUGCAGUGAAAGAAGUCAACAAGGAUCUGGUUCUCCUCCCCAACAUCACCCUUGGCUUCCACAUCUAUGAAAAUCACCAGACUGAGAGGAAUAGUUCCUUCUUCAGCUUCUCCCUGCUGUCCACACGAGGCCAAAUGGUUCCAGGUUAUAAAUGUGAUCGGCAGGACCCUCUGAUCUCUGUCAUUGGCGGUCACAACCCCAAAUCCUCAAGGUUGAUGACCUCCAUCUUCGGCAUCUUCAAGGUCCCACAGAGGAUUCUCACUUUCUCUAGCUCGGUGUUGGUUUUGAGUUCCCUCAGGGAGAGAGAAGAGUUUAUCCUUCCUUCUUCCGGAUUAAUCCCAAGGAAUUUCCUCAGUAUGUGGGUUUAGUCCAGCUGCUCCUGUAUUUCCAGUGGAACUGGGUUGGACUUCUGGCCCCUGAAAAUGACGAUGGAGAACAUUUUGUCUCAUCUCUGAUGCCAAUGCUCAAGGAGAAGGAGAUCUGUCUGGCUUUCACUGAAAUGAUGAAAUCUGAUUUUUAUGCCACUUCAGGAUCGAAAUUACUUCAUAUUUUCAACACUUGGUCUAAAGGUGAAGUGAUUAUUCUGUUUGGAGACUCCAGUGCUGUUGCAAAUGUACAAGUGGUUGCGUUUGUUUAUGAAACACAGAGAAAGGCACCAUUUCUGAAAGUUUGGAUCUUUACAUCCAAUUGGAAACUUAAUGCAUUAAACUCUGAAUAUGUAUUGCAAGGUAUAAAGCCCUUCCAUGGGGCUUUGCAUUUUACAGACCACACCAGGGAGGUCUCAGAAUUCAGCCGUUUUCUCAUGUCUUUAGACCCUUUGAAGCCACGAGGGGACUUCUUUCUCCCUCGAUGGUGGGAAUAUGUCUUUCACUGCAAGAUCCAUAAACCUGGCAAGAUCCCUCCAAAGACGGAAAAAACAUGUACAGGAAAGGAGAAUUUGCAGAAUCUUCCAUCUUACACGUUUGAAGCAAGCAUGACAGGAGAAAGUUACAAUAUCUACAAUGCCAUUUAUGCGGUGGCACACGCAUUACAUGCAAUGCAUGGAUCCAGGGGGCAACCAGCCAUGCUAAGACUUGGAAAGAGGAUCUCAAAUGUCCAGUCGUGGCAGCUUCUACCCUAUUUGAGGAAUGUCCAGUUCAACAACAGUGCUGGAGAUGAAAUCUCCUUCUCAGAAAAUGGACUGGGAUCUGGUCGUUAUAAUCUUCUCAAUUGGGUUCUCUUCCCCAAUUUAUCUUUUCUCUCUGUGAAAGUUGGACAGAUAGAUUCUGGGGCUCCCCGAGGCCAAGAUUUCACCAUCAACUCUGAUGCAAUUAUCUGGACAAGAAAGAAGAUGCCCUUUGCCAGGUGUGGCCUGAAGAGGUGCCAGGCAGGAGAGAGGAGAAGAGUUCCAGAGGGCAAGCCAGUUUGCUGCUACCAAUGUGCCCCUUGUCCAGAAGGAGCCAUCUCUAAUCAGACAGAUGCAGCUUCCUGUGAUCCCUGCCCAGAAGACCAAUAUCCCAACAUGGACAAGGACCACUGCAUUGCCAAGAAGAUCCACUUCCUUGCCUAUCAAGAGCCUCUGGGAUAUGCUUUAACUUCACUCCAACUUUCUCUCUCUAUGAUCACAUUGGGAGUUCUGGCAAUUUUUCUUAAACAUCAUGAUACACCGAUUGUCAAGGCCAACAACCGAGAUCUCAGCUACAUCCUCCUGGUCUCCCUCCUGCUCUGCUUCCUCUGCUCCUUCCUCUUCAUUGGUCGACCUGGGAAGCUCACCUGUCUCUUCCGACAAACGACCUUUGCUAUUCUCUUUUCCCUUGCAGUUUCCUCUGUGUUGGCAAAAACUGUCAUGGUGGUUCUGGCCUUCAUGGCUACCAAACCAGGGAACAAGACAAGGAAACUGUUAGGAAAACCUCUGACCAAUUCUAUUGUGUUAGCCUGUCCCCUGAUCCAAGCACUUCUUUGUGCCUCCUGGUUAGUAACCUCUCCCCCAUAUCCCAACUUGGAUUUCCACUCCUUGAUAGGAGAGACCAUCUUGGAAUGUAAUGAAGGCUCAGCUUUAAUGUUUUAUGCUGUCCUUGCCUAUCUGGGUUUCUUAGCCCUCAUCAGUUUCACAGUGGCCUUUCUGGCCAGGAAAUUGCCUGACAGCUUCAAUGAAGCCAAGUUUAUUACUUUCAGCAUGCUGGUCUUUUGCAGUGUUUGGAUCUCAUUCCUCCCCACCUAUCUGAGUACCAAAGGGAAGUCCAUGGUGGCCGUGGAGAUCUUCUCCAUCUUGGCCUCUGGGGCUGGUCUCUUGGCUUGUAUCUUUUUCCCCAAAUGCUACAUUAUCCUAUUCAGGCCGGAUCUGAAUCAGAGAAAAAAUAUAAUGGGGCACUAGAAUCUCUGAUUUAUAUGUAAAGUAGUAACUUUUAUUUUGCCUUUGGGCCCUGUUUUUAAUUGUAUGGAAAACAUAGUGAGGCACAAGAAUCUUUGAUUUAUGUGGGAAUUGGAAACUUUUGUUUUAUUUGGAGAAAUUUUGUAUUUGUAUUUGAAUUUUAAAUAAAUGGUAAUUUAAUGAUU